UGGCCAUCGCUCAAGCUCAGCUGGGCCGACACAAUCACACAAGGGUCGGUCCACCCACAUUCGUACGCGUGCUUGUUGUCUCUGUCAGCCAUCAACUCUCCAGUGAGCUGCGAGCCUACAAGGCUGUGGGCAGUGCCAGCCUCAACCUCGACCUCCCCCAGUCCCCCACCGACCACCGGCCUCCUUUCCCGCAGGCACGGGUGCACGGCACGCGGUUUCCACUCGCUUCGUCCGCGUUCGGAUCGCCCUCAGGUCAACCACCACUCCUCCCCUCUGCUCCUCUCAGCAUCUCGCGCUUCAGAUCUCGCCCACCGAUCUGGAACUGGAAUUCCCUCCCGAUCUAGCAAGCAUGUCGUCGUCGGCGGAGAACGACCCCACGGUGACGGUGACCGAGCGCGGAGGCAAGGACAAGCACGAGGACGGCGGCGACAAGGAGCAGGGCGGCGGCGGCUUCAUCGACAAGGUGAAGGACUUCAUCCACGACAUCGGCGAGAAGAUCGAGGAGGUCGUCGGGUUCGGCAAGCCCACGGCCGACGUGUGCGGCAUCCACAUCCCGCACAUCAGCCUCCACCGCGCCGACCUCGUCGUGGACGUGCUCAUCAAGAACCCGAACCCGGUCCCGAUCCCGCUCGUGGACAUCGACUACCUCAUCGACAGCGACGGCCGCAAGCUGGUGUCGGGCCUCAUCCCGGACGCCGGCACCAUCCACGCGCACGGCCAGGAGACCGUCAAGAUCCCGGUGUCGCUCGUCUUCGACGACAUCAAGAGCACCUACAAGGACAUCCAGCCGGGCAGCAUCAUCCCCUACCUCGUCCGCGUCGUGCUCCUCGUCGACGUCCCCAUCAUCGGCCGCGUCAAGAUCCCGAUCCAGAAGGACGGCGAGAUCCCCAUCCCUUACAAGCCCGACGUCGACGUGGAGAAGAUCAAGUUCCACCACUUCUCCUUCGAGGAGACCACCGCCACGCUCCACCUCAAGCUCGAGAACAAGAACGACUUCGACCUCGGCCUCAACCUGCUCGAGUACGAGAUGUGGCUCGGCGACGACAGCAUCGCCUCCGCCGAGCUCACACAGACCGCCAAGAUCGAGAAGCAGGGGAUCACCAGGAUGCAGGUGCCCUUCAGCUUCAGGCCCAAGGACUUCGGAUCCGCUGUCUGGGACAUGAUCAGGGGGAGGGGCACGGGAUACACCAUCAAGGGAAAGAUCGAUGUCGACACUCCCUUCGGCAACAUGAAGCUGCCCAUAAGCAAAGAGGGUGGAACCACCCGCCUCAAGAAGGAGGAGGAGGAGGACGACGACGAUGACAACUGAAGUGAGGACUGCUGGGGGGCGCUGCUGUUACCUUUCACGAAACGCAGCGAAGCAGAAGAUGCGGGGAUCGUCGUCGACCUGAUACCCACACCCUUAGCGCUGGUUAAGCUCUUGCCUUUAGCUUAUGGUGCUCUGUUGUUUUGCAUUGUCUGAACAUCCUCUCACUUCCUGAGUGUACGUUCAGUUUGAGGUUUCCUGUGUUGUCCAUCUGAAUUCUUUCAAACUUUGCGGUUGGAACUGGAUGAAGAAUAAAAUUCCAACCCGCCCUGGUUCUUUUGUGGGUCUGUUUGGAAUAGAUGCUGCCUGCCAAUGAUCCUGAAAUAAGCUUUACUGAAAGGCUUUA